AUAUUGAUAUAUUGAUAUAUUGAUAUAUUGAUAGACAGCUUCAUUUCAAAUUGUCAUAUCACCCAAUUCAUCCAAGCUAUGAGCUUACACUUACCCGCGCGGCGGAUAGCCGCCACCGCAUCCCAAGCCGCAGCUAGCAGGCCAUGCCUACACUUACAAUACUUGCUUCCCCAAACACAGCGACGCGCCUUCAAUUGGGGUCUCAGUCCCAAAGUUGUCCAGAAUACGGUAGACAAGGUUAAGAAGGACUCGGCGAUGGAACGCCAGAAGCGUUUAAUGCGGCAAAGCUUGGAUCGAACACGAGGGUCAUCCAUCUUCGAGGAUGAGUUGGAGGUCCAAGACGAUCCCGGACACCCCAGUGACGAAAUAUCCAAGACCUCGCCUCACGAUAUGUACAAACCGAGCACUGUGAAAGAGCAUAUGCAGCGCGCGCUGGAUCCGGAUCCGCGGUGGCGCGUGCGCUUUCUCAAGAAGAAGGUCCGGCAGAUGGUUCGCGACGCCGAUAAACCCUUAACCAAGGCCCAGCGCAUCAAACUCACCGAGAAGGAGCACACGAGCAUGAGCGACGUCCUGCCGACAAGCACCAAGAGGCUCAUGUUCCUGUCGCGGCAGAUUGUGGGGAAGACUGUCGACGACGCGAUAACCCAGAUGCGGUUCAGCAAGAAGAAGAUGGCUCGCGAGGUGAAGUGGCAGCUGGAACUUGCGCGCGAUGCGGCCAUCGCCGAGCGUGGUAUGGGUCUUGGCGUCGCUGACGGGAAGGUCUUCGAUAAGCCGCGGCAGAUCCAGACCAAGGACGGCAAGUGGAUGGAGGUGAAGGAUCCGACGAACUUAUACGUCGACCAGUCCUGGGUCGGUAAGCGCAUGUGGAUAGGCCAGAGGAUACACUUCAUGGCUCGCGGCCGAAUGACCAUGAUGUGGAAGCCGUCGGCUUCAAUCUCAAUCGUCCUAAAGGAGGAGAAAACUAGGUUACGGCAGCACGAUGAUAGGGUCGAAAAGCAAAUCAAGAAGGCUCCUUGGGUACAUCUGCCGAAUCGGCCGGUUACGGCUCAAAGGCAGUAUUAUAGCUGGUGAUGUGUAACUAGUGCAGUGGAAGAAACAACAGAAAGAAAAUAUAACUCUACUACCUUGGAUCGGGCAUCUAUAUUGUACAUGCUUGUAGGAGAGAUAGUAUCGACUCGACUCGAUACAUGUAUCAUACAAUUAACAAACAAUUCGCUCAAGGGAUAACAUGAUGAGUCCCGCUAUGAUCGAAAUAAAGAAUACUACAAGAUUUUACGAAAC